UGGGACAGAAUUCCUGGCAAGGUCACAGCCAUGACUGUCAGCUCCCAGCCGAUAGUGUGCUAGACCAAAAAGGUUCCUCCUGCACUGUCUCAGGGUGAGGUAAGGGGUGUGCGCAAAGGAAACGCAGAAAGGACUCCAAAGCCAGGCAGAGGCACCACGGCCAGACCAGGCGUGCAUGGAGCCAGGGCUCCAAACCUGCAGUGAGGUCAGGCCGAGGUGAGGCACAAACAGAAGAAACCUGAGGCCAGCGCCGAGACAACCCCCCAAGCCACCAGGGCUCAGACCCACAGCCCCAGCCCUGGGAGGACCCAGGCUGGGAGGCAACCUCACCGUCCGCUUUGCUCGGCCUCCACCUGCAGGAAAGGAAUGCGGACCUCGGAAGGUGCAUUCUAGAAUCUGGAAGCAACAGUAUUUCAUGAAGUCCAGUGGGGGCUCCUGGGAAGCCCCCACGAGCUGCAGCAGGGCCCAGGACUGAACUGGUAACCUGGGGUCCCAGGGAGACACCACAGCCUCCCAGAGCCAACAGGAAGGGGCCACCAUCCAGAGAGAGCUCUGCCUCCAGCUCCUCCCUCUUCUGACCUUCCUUCUCUAUGUCCCCCUGGACAGUGGCCUUAAGGACCCUGGCCUAAGCUGGUGACUGUGAAAGCACCUGUCUCUGAGAAGAGCCUUCUGUGGAAGCCUGAACCUCAGCGUAGCAAAGAUGACGUGUGCAAACCAAGCUGGGAACCGCUGAUAGCAGGCUCACAGGAUGCGGGCCCUCCCAGUACUCCUGUCGUGUCUGCCUCCACGGGCCCCGGGGCUGUUGGGAAGUAGCCGGUGGAAGUGCCUAUGGAGGAGAGGGACUCGUGCUUGGAUAAGGCAACAGGAAGUCCAGGCCACCCUGCACUCCACAGGGGGAUGGAGAACAAGAGCUCUGAGUGCAGUGAGGCCCCAAAGAAGCUGGGCUUAUCCUUCUCCAUCGAGGCCAUCCUAAAGCGGCCAGUGGAGAGGAAGGAUGUAGCCAUGCUGGAAGGGGCAGGUGCAGAGAGCCCUGGGCAGGCAGCAGCCACAGGCUCCAAGCUGGAGAAGCAGCCACAGGAAGAGAGGAAGAGCAGACGGAGGGUGCGCACCACCUUCACCACGGAGCAGCUCCGGGAGCUGGAGAAGAUCUUCCACUUCACCCACUACCCUGACAUCCACGUCCGCAACCAGCUGGCUGCCCGGAUCAACCUCCCGGAAGCCCGGGUGCAGAUCUGGUUCCAGAACCAGCGAGCCAAGUGGCGGAGGCAAGAGAAGGUGGGCUGCCUCAGCACUCCACAAACCCUGAGCGAGACAGACUUGGCCCUGCCUGCACAUCUGAACGUGGCCGGCCCACUGCUGAUACCUGCUGCUCUGCCCAGGUUGGCUCUCCCCAUGGGGCAUUAUCUACUGGCCCAAGACCAGCCUGCCACGCGCUGGUUCCCUACUAGGAUCGCUGUCCUCCCAUGGCACCCAUGGGAGAUGCAGCCCCUGGUGGGCCCUCCCCUCCAGCAGAGCUGUGAUCCUGCCUUGCAGUUCCUCCCGCCUCCACACCCGACAUGAGGCAGCAUCUGUGCCUCUUCGACAUAGGGACAGGACACACCCUCUUCCAGUCAAGCGACGCUCCUUCGCUGGGGAAAAACAGGUGACAGAGGGUGCCCUGGAUCCAGAAAGAGAAUGGAUGCCACCAUCCAAAUACACCCCCACUGCCAUCUGAACAUGCCUGCUGGAAAGCCACAGUGAACUGGACAGCAAGGCACACAGGAAAAGACAGCUCACAUGUCUGGCCCAAGUGGCUCGUGAGGCUCUACAGAAAGACUGGUGGGGACCUCAAGAUGAACCCUGGAAUGGGGAGACCAUCUCCAUGUGCCCAGGAUUCCUCGAACUUGCUGUGGGACCUCCGGCUGGUCACUCGCCCCCUUUGGACUUCAUCUGUAAUGUGAGACUGUUGGACAAAGUGAUUUCUGCAGACUCUUCUGACCUCCACUUUGGUGAGAUGAGCCGUGGUCGGUAUUGAGGUGUAGGAGACACCAUCAGCAUGCACUCACAAUGCACGCAUGGAGCACCUGCUGAUCGCUGUAUCUGUGAAGCUGGAUACUGAGCUGAACAGUUCAGGUUCUAUCCAGGUGAUGCUCACCUUCCUGCCUAGCAAAACCAUCAUUUGGUGCCUGCCAUGGCAUGUCUAACAUGGCAGGGAUCUGAGCAUCCCCACGUGGGACAGCAAUAAAGGACUGUUUUUUCAACGUA